AUGAAGUGUGAAAGUUCAUAUUUCCGCCUUCAGCUUGAAGAAUGCACGGGAAUUCUUGUGCUGGGCUCCUCGCUGCAAGUCAUGUCUGGAUAUCGCUAUGCUUGGUACGCUAAACUUGAGGGAAAACCUGUGUAUAUAGUGAAUAUCGGGCCAACUCGAGCCGAUAAUUUUGCUGAUAUGAGAAUUAGCGCUCCAGUAACGGAAGUUGUAUCAAUGGAUAUUGUUGAUUUUCAGUUUAGAAAGAUCGACAAAGACAGAUCGAUUGAUAUGUGGCGAGAUCAUUUAUAG